AUGACUCUGUCGACAGUGGGAACGGACGACGUACGAGCGUCGGUAGAUGUGGCCCUUGCAGCACUCGAGAAAUCCCUCCGCGAAGUGAAUCACGAGAUCUGGUCGCAUCCUGAACUCGCCUACGAGGAGCACUACGCUCAUGAUACCAUUUGCAAUUUCCUGGAGAAGCAAGGAUUCACCGUCACACGCCACGCGUAUGGUCUAGAUACAUCAUUCGAAGCAUUGAGUGGCUCGGGUGGGAGACUGGUCAAUUUCAAUGCGGAAUACGACGCACUCCCCGGCAUCGGACAUGCUUGCGGUCACAAUCUUAUCGCCACCAGCAGUAUUGCCGCCUUCCUCGCCCUUUCCUUCACGUUGAAGAAAUACGGUAUUCCGGGACGAACACAGUUGCUGGGCACCCCAGCCGAGGAAAACGGAGGCGGAAAGGCGAAGCUUAUCGACGCGGGCGCAUAUAAGAAUGUGGAUAUUUCUCUCAUGGCCCAUGGCGGCCCCAAGAAAGUCUUCCCGGAUCAGGGACCUGCUGACGGAAUCGCUGGUACACUGAUGAAUGCUCGCAUGAAUAUCCAGUGUCAAUUCACAGGGAAAAGUGCCCACGCAGGCGGUAACCCGUGGGAUGGGAUCAAUGCACUGGAUGCGUUGGUGACAUCCUAUAAUAACGUUGCCGUGUUACGACAACAGCUUCUACCCGAACAACGCAUUCACUGCGCGUUUAUGGACACCCCCAAAGUGGCCAACGUGAUCCCAGAGCAUACCACGGCAUUCUGGCAGGUUCGGAGUCCGUCGCUCAAGGGCCUGAAACUCCUCGUGACCAAAGUACGCAACUGUAUUGAGGCUGGUGCACUGGCGACGGGCUGUCAAGUGGCCAUUCAGGAGUAG